AUGAAUCAGGAGUCCUGCUGUACUUGUGCGCGUCUGCUUGCACAGAUAGGAAGUGAUGGAUUGGGGAGUGAACCACCUUCUUAUUCGGCAUCGACAGCGGGAAUCGACCCCCCUUUCGAAUCGAGGAGAAGGAUUUUGAGUUCCGACGAGAAAACAAAAGAAGACGAAGUAUUUUCGGAGAAGAGUGAAGCAUAUGAUUGGGGAAAAGAAGGUGGUAGCAGGAGAGACGACAGAAGAUUACCAUGCUGUAGCCGCAUUAUUUGCGGUGAAUGCAUGAAGCGCAAUGAAAGAUUCAAGGUUUAUUGUCCAUUCUGUCAGGUUAGGAACGGAGAGGUAGCAAACGGAGACACCGUAUCCCAUUCCACAGGACGCAAACCAGCAACUGGGGAUAAGCCGCCCUCCUAUGAAGAAACCAUUGGUAGCCACUCCUCGCAUUCUCAAACCUCCCUUCCGGUCUACAGUCACGCUCUCUUCUCCAAAUCACAACAGCAAUCAUUGACACAAUCACAAAAAGAAUCGCAGUCACAGUCACAAUCAGAGGAUAUACUUCACUUCCUCUCUCACAGCACCGAUUCUAUGACUUCCCUUUCAUUCCGCUACGGUGUCCCAAUCGAGGUAUUGCGAAAGAAAAACGGUAUAACAAGUGAUCACCUCCUUCUUGCUAGGAAAACAAUAUUGAUACCUGGGGAAUGGUACAAGGGCGGUGCGAGUUUGAGUCCGCGGCCUGUGGAAGGAGAGGAGGAGGAGAGGAGGAAAGCGAGUGUGAGGAGGUUUAUGCUAGGAUGUAAAGUUUACGAAUAUGAUGUCGCAGUCCUCUAUCUUGAGCAAGCCAACUACGAUCUAGAGCUCGCAAUGGGAGUAUAUAGAGAUGACGAGAGAUGGGAAAAGGAAAAUCCUAUUUCAGAUAAAGGGAAGGGCAAAGGGAAGACAAAAUCUGAUGUUGGGAGAAGAAGAUUCACAGGACAGAGAUAA